CCUGCAUUCGUGCAAGAUCCACUUGAUCCCUAUAAAUAGCAAAGCCUUACUGCUCCAUGUCGCAUCUCACAUAGUAAUCAAGAACCAUCGGCGCCAUCUAAUUGCAACCGAAAGCAGCAGCAGCAGCAGCAGCACCUGCGAAUUUGCAAUGGCCUCUUCCUCUGCUCUGAAGCUGGCCGCCGCCUGCACGCUGCUCCUGUGCGUCGGGUCGGACCUGGCGCGGCCGGCCCUCGCGUCGACGCCGCCGCCGUCGCGGGAUGACCACCAGGAGCGGCUGCCGCGGGAGCUCGUGGAGCACGAUCUCGCCGAGGAGCUGGGCCUCCUGAUGGGGCGGCAGCGCGGCGGCGGCGAUGUGGGCGACAUCUGCCCGGCGGCGUGCCAGACCUGCCUGAUCAUGUGCGCGGUCACGUGCGUGCUCAGCAAGGUGCCCAUCGCCUGCUUGGCCAACUGCACCGUGUCGAGCUCCUGCUUCGGCAAGUCUGUGGCACCGUUACCCACGGUGCACGCUUGAACCCGGCCGGAGCCAUCUUGGGUGUGACCAAUCACCAUGCUCUCUGCUUAUUGGCGUCUGAUAUGUUGCAGUGUGUGUAUGUGUGCGCGCGCGCGCUGUCUGCAUGCAUGUGUUGUUUGAAGUCUGGAACAAGGGGCCUCGGCGGCAGCAUGGAGGGACCCACACGUGUAUCAGUAAUAAGUUCAUCAACAGUGUAACCACUGCCGGGGCAUGCGCCUAAAUUACAUGUUUAUACGCAUCUUUUUCAAUAUGAACUCUAUGGAUAGAAGAAGUAU